ACCCCAAUUUACCCCAUUUCAGAAAGUAAAAUGCAAGGACUCCCCCAUUUCACCUCCGCCAUUUCAGUACCAGCUCCCCCUCUCCAUUGCCGCCGCGCCGCCGUCGCUCUUUCAUAGCCGCCGUUGUUGCUGCUGCGCUAGUCUUCCCCUUCAAUUGACGAUUUCUAACUUCUUGUUAAUGGAUGAAAAUUUUUGGUAGCCAUCAAGCUAGUUCAUGACAUCAAAACAAAACACAACAAGGAGCAAGACUGCUACAUAGAGAAAGAGAAGAAAGAGAAGAGGAAGGAGAGGGAGAAGAAAAAGGAGAAGAGUCCUUCACUUCUUUUGAGAUCUUUUUAUUUCAAGGCCACAGCUUUGAGCCAGGUACAACCCCCCGCCGUUCAGCACAACCAGCUCGGGUCACAGACCCCCCACCUCGGGCCUUGCCAGAAGACCGAGCUACACGUUUCAGUUGUAAUCUUUUGGAUUGAAGAUGACUUGGACAAAGUACGGUAGGAUCUGCUUCUCUAAGAUAAGCAAUCCCCAUGUCUAUGGGCUUUUGGGUCUUCAACAAAAUGUUGCUAGGAACUAUAACAAUAACAUUCCCAGCAUUGUGUGUCGGCUAUUUGGAAGCGGCGUUGGCCGUGGAAAUGAAGCUGAUCAUCAGUUGAGUAGGGAAUUCCUUGUGAAGCUUUGGGCUGCUGAUAGGAAAAUGGGGAAGCACCCCAUAGAGAAACAAAGGAUGAGACUGCUUGAUGGUGAUCGCAGAGGGUUUUUCAAUUCCUCUGUUGCUGAAGACAGCGGAGUCAAAAGGAGAGGUAAAAAGCUCUUGAAGCAACCUCCAAUUAGUCAAUCUGUUUCUGAGGUUUUGAAAGCAGAAUCUCCCGAAGAGGCCAAGUUAGCACCUUUGGUUGCGAGGUCCAACUUGCUAAUUACCAGGGAUAUUGAGUGGGCAAAUCUUGUAUUUGGCUUUGAGCAGGAAAAUCGUUACGCCAUUGUAGAUCCGUGCUACCCUAAAUCGCCUGUAGGUUUCAUUCGUGAACAGAGCAAUGUGCUUGCCAGGCAGUUUCUUCGUCUACGGCGGCCUUUCAUUGCAUACAUAACUGAUGGUUUGGGGAACGAGCUUUUCAGGGUUCGAAGACCAUUUUGGUGGAUAACAAGCUCAAUUUAUGCAGAAAUUGAUGGUAAGGAAGUUGGAGUAGUUCACCAGAGAUGGCAUCUUUGGAGGAGAAUCUAUGAUUUGUACCUAGGGAAUAAACAAUUUGCUGUGGUUGAGAAUCCUGGCCUUUGGAAUUGGACUUUCACCUUGAAAGAUAUUAACGGUGAGGUUCUAGCUCAGAUAGAUCGUGAUUGGAGAGGUUUUGGCUUUGAGCUUUUGACUGAUGCUGGUCAAUAUGUUAUUCGGUUUGGGAUCUCAGAUCCAGACUUGAAGAUUGGCCGUGCUUCCAAGAUGGAGGAACUAGAAGUUAUUCGCCCACUGACCCUGGCGGAGAGAGCUGUAGCAGUAGCUCUUGCCAUAUCACUAGAUAAUGACUUUUUCUCAAGACAUGGAGGCUGGGGAUUACCGUUCUUUGUUGCAACCGAAUAAACUCGAUUUGGCAAUGUUACUUGAUGAUUGCAUAAUUCCUGAAGCCAUUCUCUACCAUGUAUGUGUGUGUGUGUUGUUAAAAAAAUGGUGUUACAAGCUGAUGAUUGGUAUGAAAUCCAUUUAUCCAUGUAAGAAAAUCAGACUACAACUCUUGCACUUAAAUCUGAUGAUUCCUUAGCUGAAUGGCAAGGUCAGUGAUGUGCCAACUAUUUCAAUGUGAUGAUAAGGCAGAAAGUGAUUGAUUGAGAUAUCAUAUUCUUACAUACAGGAUGUCACAAAACCUUGAUUUA